UGCACAGGUUUGUCAAGAUGCAUUGAAGUGUACCACGGACUACGGCUCCGCUGCAACAUUUGGAGGACAAGACAAGGACAUAAUAUAAGUAUUUCAAGAUGUCUAUACCAGCAAUAGUUUCCCUCCUUGUAGCAUUGAUUUUUGUUAGUGUUGUCUUGGAAGGGAUAGAUGCACAGAGUUGUUCCGAUGUAACGACGUGUAGUAGUGACUACACUUCUGCAGCCUCAUCAGCAGGACAAGACAAAAACAAAAUAUGCAAGGCCGCCAAUGAUUAUGUGACCUGUCUGGAAGCCGCGGCAAAAACAUGUGAUACUGACAUCAGUCAAACAAUAGACGCCGCUAGAAAUGCCCUGUCUCAGGCAGGAUGUUCUACACCAACAGCUGGCUCUGAAGCACCUGUCCUUAGUUUCGUUACCAUAAUUCUGGCAGUCGUGAUUUCUAGAUUUGUUUAAAUUGAUGGCGAAAAAUAUGAAACAAAGCUUAAAAAGAAAUCGUGUGAAUAGGUACAUGUAUUAAAUAACACAAAUAGAAUGGUGUUAAUUUUCUUCGUAUAAUGUGACAAUAAGGACUAUUUCUUUCUAUUUCUGAUUGGCCGAAUGUAAAACGUCAUGAAUGUUGCAGUAUUUUUUUUCCAAUUUUUUUAAAAUUUAGUGUGUAUAUUCAAUGUCUUUUAUUAGAGAAUAAGAGGUGGGUGAGAGAGUUUUCAAAUUUGCCUUACUUUCUUUUGCUUGUAAAACUAUUAAAGAUAAUUUAAAUGUU